AGCCGGAGUGCGGCUCCGGGUGGUGCGCGCGGGAAAGAUGCUCAGGGCCGCGGGGUCCCGGGCUCAGCGCGGGGCCGCCGCCGCCCUCCAGGCCGCCGCACACCGCCUGCCAACCACUGCCAGGCCCCGGCCCGGGCCCGGGCCCGGCAACAGGACUUGCCAGAGAUGCAUCUUCACUGGCUCUGCUGUGCUCAAGGAUGGUGAUGAAUCCAAAUCUCCCGCUGCCCCCUCACUGCAGACAGAGACGGAAGAGGAGAAGAAAAAGUCAGCAUCGGGGAAGGCCAAUUUGUUGAACCUAAUCAGCGGCAUGAAAGUGGAAAUGAGCACCAAGAAAAGGUUCCAGGCCCUCAGAAUGCAAAAAGAAAAAGAGCAAACGAAAAAUCGGGCAGGGAGCAUGGAGAGUGCAACCAGCAUGUUUCAGAAAGCAACUGAGGAAAUCAGAAGUCAAAGCGAGGAGACACUAAAUCCAGACCUUGUUGCAGCUGCCUCAGCAGUUGCAUCUUCAAUGCCGUUUAAUAAGAAUCAGAUUGAGUCAGAACUGCUUACACAGCUCAGGAAGCACGAAUCAGUGACUGAAGCCCAGAGAAGUGGAGAUACCAGCAACAUUGGUGACAUUAUUUCGAGUAUGAAGGUUGGGAGACGCCACACUUCACGGGCGGGAUCAAGGUCCACUAAUCAAAUCUGCUUUGAUGAAGAUGGACAAGGAUAUGUUGCUGACAAAGGCGUCGCGAGUGAGUUUGAUGCAGUCAGGAAGAGCAGGAAUCUGUUUACAGGAAAGAGGAUAAAUAUUUUUCCUGUAUCCACUGGUGAACCAGAAACUCUACCACAAAUAGUGUCUCCUCCCUCACUGUGGGAUAUUGAGCUAGCUAACCGGUUAGCAGCUGCUACAGAACAAUUGCCACGAAAUGGGUUUGAAGAGAUGAUCCAGUGGACAAAGGAAGGAAAACUCUGGCAGUUUCCAAUUAACAAUGAGGCUGGUCUAGAGCAAGAGGAACGCGUGGAAUUCCAUGAGCAUGUUUUCCUGGAGAAACAUUUAGGGGGAUUCCCAGAUCGAGGAGCGAUCCGACAUUUUAUGGAACUAGUCAUCAACGGGCUGUCUAAGAAUCCAUAUAUAACAGUUCAGCAGAAGGUGGAACACAUAGAAUGGUUCUCUCAGUACUUCCAAGACAAAGAAGAGAUUUUGAAAGAAAGUGAAGCAUCUAUUAAUUGAAGUUAUUUGUUCAACAUUCAAAGCUUCAGAGAGUUUGAGACAACCGAGCUUCACACCAGGAAUAGUGUUUCCACUUUCAGUUAUGCAGAAAAGCCACAGGUUUAAGCUCUUGUCAUAAUUACCUGAUCUACUGUAAGCUGAUUUUCAGAACUCUGCUCUUCCCCAUGUUUUUAAAAUCUCAUCUGGGGAUAUGUACAUGAAACGUUCAUAAUGUACUUCCGGGAAAUUAAUCUUAAAUUGUUAACAUUG